UCUGUUACUCCCGCUCAAUCAAGCCAGUAUGAUCCUGCUCAUACUCCUGCUGGUGAACCUUAUCACUGGCCAUGAUCUGAACUCCAACGACUAUUCCACUCCCCAGGUGUCAUACGACCCGCUGGAUCUUACCUGGAUUCAAGACUGGGCAGCCAUCGGCGACAGCUACACGGCAGGUAUUGGCAGUGGAGAUCUGUGGAGUGAAAGGGAAGCCGACUACAAAUGCUCCCGCUAUGAUCUGUCGUAUCCAGCUCUUCUGAAACAUGCCUUCGGGCCACAGGUGCGGUACUUUGAUUACAAGGCAUGCAGCGGUGAUCGUACUGCCGACAUUUAUCAACAGGCCAAGCGGUUGUACUCAAUGCAGGAUUUGGUAGUCUUGACUGCCGGGGGGAACGAUCUGUGCCUGGCCGACAUUAUCAAGACCUGCAUCUUCCUUCCCUUCCAGGGCGAACAGAAAUGCCAGGAAGUCAUCGACCAGGCCCAGCAUAACAUCGACACCAUCCUCAAGCCCAAUGUCCGCGAGAUCCUCGACACGCUCCUGACCAAGAUGAACUACAAUGGGAUCAUCGUCUAUGUCCUCUAUGGGCAGUUUUUCAACACGGAGAACGACGACUGUACGGACAAUCAGGAUUGGGCAUUCCCACGUCUGGAUCCGAUCAACCCCCUGCCCUUGACGCGCGAGCGCCGCGAGAAAUUCAACCAGCUGGUGGUCAACAUCAACAACGCCAUCAAGGACGUCAUCCACGAGAUGAGGCCACACGAGGACGGACGGCCGUACAUUCGCACGGCGGAGUGGGAUGCUUUCAUGAAGGACGGCCUCCACGGGCAAUACUGCGUGCCCUGGUCGAGCGGCCUGUAUCCCGAUCCCAAGCAGCCCUAUCUCCACUUCUUCAAGCCCGACACCACCAUCUCCGGACAUCAUGAGCUGAGGAAGCGUGGCUUUGUCAACAGCACCGCCCUCCCAGAUGAUGCCCUGUCCACCCUCUACAAUUCCACUCUCUACCACUCGCCCAACCCAUCCGCCGCGGCCCUGCAUGACCUCAACCCCCGCGACCCUGCGCCGCCCGGCUGCCCCGGCGACAGCGGCGUCUCUCUGGGAGUUGGUCUGCCCGACCGCUGGGGCAAGUACUUCCACCCAAACGAGAUGGGCCACCGGACAAUCGCCUCCUUUGUGCUGGACGCAGUCAUCACCGAGCGAAGUGUCAUCCUCGGCAAAUCCAACCCGACCUGCCAGCGUCACCGUGAUGAAUUCCGCUGCUGGCAAAAAGACGGACGCAAAGACUACGCCAACGCGGACCUCCUCUACCGAAACUACAAAACCUACUGCGCCGAAGUCAAGCAGCCGAAGAACCAAAAGAACUGGAAAGACGAGCGCUGGUUCAACGACAACACGCCCGACACGCACUACUUUAGCAUCACGCUCAGCAACGACGCCACCCACUACGACCAGGCCCACUGCAUGGAGUCCUUCGAGCGCAUCAUCACCAGCUGCGAUGGCAACAAUCCCGAGAACCCAAUGAACUGGAAGUUCGGGGGCCGUUGGACCCGCGGGAGUUAUACGUACGAACUCAACAUCCAGAACUCGUUCAAGCGACCCUGGCCGCCGACCAAGGAGGUCGGAGGGUCCUGUGAUGGUGGGUAUCGUGUCUUGUUUUCUCGAUUCAAUAUGCGCGGCCGCGGCUGGUCGACCUGGGACUUUGGUCAGGAAACCCUCAAGCCCGCCAUCCAGAAAUGUCUCGGGCCGGGCGGGUUGACGGCGUUCGAAUUCCAGUAUCUCGACGAGCCCGACGCGGACGGGAAUGAGUGGAAGGCGAAAUUCCGAACCCCGAUUGCAUUUGGGCCUAGGUGCUUCAAGAAUAAUAAGGUGGCUUUUGCGGCGGGUGGGUUUACCAAUGGUUGCAGUGGGAGUGGAUAG